GUCUCUUCCUGGGCGUACUUCUCUUGUUUUUCUCUUUUGAGAUCCUUUUCUCAAAAUAAUUGGAUCAUUCCAAUGCGGGAGAAGUUGUGUUUCUAUUCAUUAUGUGGGUCAGAGUGGGGCCUAGUAGGAGCUCGGGAAAAGCUUGUUGAUUGACUUUAGUCUGCUCUAUUGGGUGGCAAAUUGUCCACAAACCAAUAAAACUUUGGAACUCUCUUCUUAUUCUUUCUGCAGAUCUGGGCACAAUGAAGAUUUUCACAGGCGUCAUUUUCUGUUCCUUGGUCUUGGGAGUCAGCAGUGAAAGCUGGUAUUCAUUCUUCAAGGAGGCUGUGCAAGGGGCUUGGGACUUGCCCAGAGCCUAUUGGGACCUGCAAGUGGCCAAUCACCAACAUUCAGACCAAUACUUCUAUGCCCCGGGAAACUAUGAUGCUUCAAAAAGGGGCCCCGGGGGCAUCUGGGCUGCUUAAGUGAUCAGCCUUGCCAGGGACUCUCUGCAGGGACUCUUCAACCGGUACUACUUUGGAAGCAGCAGCAGAGGCUUGGAGGACUUACAGGCCAAACGGAAAGCUGAGGAGUGGGGCCGGAGCGGCAAAGAUCCCAAUCACUUCAGGCCUUCUGGCUUGCCUAAGGAAUACUGACCCCUCCUGCUCCCUCUGCUCCCAUGGGAGCAGGAAAUGCGCCACCCACCUCUCCCCUGCAAAUGGGGCACAGUGUUCCUGAACUUGAUGUCCGCAGGACUGGUUCAGGGCACCCAGAGGUACCCCAUAAGUGUUUGCCAAAUUGAAUUUGUUGAUGGAAACUGGAAACUUGAAGACAGGCUCUCUGGAAGAGUGGUUGUGUGGUGCAAUAA